CUCAGGCGCAGCGCUCCGAGACGCGCAGAGAAUCCGCAGGAACAUCAACGAUGGCGCUGUCCUCUGUCCUCCAAACUCAUCCAGCGGGAUUCAACUUUGACAAUGUGGCGAGAAAUUCUGCGUUAGAGGGUCUUUUUGAAGGAGGACAGACCCCCAAACCUCUGAAAACUGGAACCACUAUAGCAGGAGUUGUGUUUAAGGAUGGAGUCGUCCUGGGAGCCGACACAAGAGCCACGUCCAGUGAAGUGGUGGCCGACAAGAUGUGUGCAAAGAUCCACUACAUCUCUCCAAAUAUAUAUUGUUGUGGAGCAGGAACAGCAGCAGACACAGAGAAAACCACAGAUCUCCUGUCAUCCAACCUCUCCAUCUUCUCACUGAACAGUGGGAGAAACCCUCGUGUUGUCAUGGCUGUAAACAUCCUGCAGGAUAUGCUGUACAGGUAUCAUGGUCAGGUUGGUGCCAAUCUGAUACUGGGAGGAGUGGACUGUACUGGGAACCACCUGAAAAUAAAAUACAAGUAUCGUCCAGGAACGACGGCAGUUCUAACAGAGAAAAUUGUUCCCUUAAAGCUGGAGGUCGUUCAAGAGUCUGUGCAGAAGAUGGAUACCGCCUGA